GAAAAUUCUUACUUGAAAUUUUGGUAAACUCUCCGUCCGUCACUCUUCGCUCUCUCAUUCUUCUCCUUCAAUUUCUUCGUCUAGGGUUAGCAAAUCCAUCUCAUUUUUACCUUGUUUUUGCUGAACAAACCUAUCUUGACAUAAUUUAAUUUUAAUUUUUCUUUUUUAAGCUUCAAUUUGAAGUUUAGAAGCUCGAUUUCGCUCGGAUUCGCGCUCUGCUUCAGGUAUUUGAUUUGCUUACUUGAGGAUAAUUGUUAAGAGUUGGGUUUAGGUGAUAUGGCAUCUAAGCGCAAUGUUCGUUAUGAAAAAGUUGCUACCGAUGAUUAUGAUGAUGUUUAUGAUAGUGAUAGGAGGCAGCGUUAUGAUCCUAGAUUUGAUUAUUCACCAAAAGCCUUUGAUAAGAUCCCAUGGAAGUCAAUUGCACUUGCAUUUUUCUUGCUUUGUCUUGGAUCACUACUGUUAUUUCUUUCUGUGUUCAUAUUCACUGGUCACAUGGAAGGAGACAGGGCCCAAGCUUAUGGCCUCUUAGUCCUUGGAGUUCUUACAUUCCUCCCAGGAUUUUAUGAGACCCGGAUAGCAUAUUAUUCAUGGAGGGGUGUUCAAGGAUAUCGGUUUGCCGCCAUCCCUGAUUACUGAAGCUCAUGCCUUCUUAUUCGUGGUUAAAUGAGUCACAAGCUACCACUUUCAAAUUGAGUACAUUAUUUCACAAGAUAGAGUGUAUGCCUUUUUCACUAAAUGAAACACUUUGUAUAGUAGAACAUCAAGCAUCUGUAAUUUGUUUUUAUCGAACACAAAUUGAACAUGGGUCCUACCAACUUUACCCAAUUUGUGCACAUGAGCUACAUGUAUGAAAACCUAGGGAUAAAUAUGUAAUCUCCUUAUGUUUAACACUCUA